GUGGAAUUCUUGCUCGUAGACUGCAGUGGGCUAGUCGUGUCAAAUAUGACGAAAUAGCGCUUGCCAUAGCCAGCAAAGACAAGGUGGAGGCCCGAGAUACGAGAGUGAUGAGCGAGUACAUCGAGCGGGCUAAGGGUUGCGAUCCGGAAGACAUCAAAACGAAGCUGCAGCAGUUUGAGUCGACAGCAACGAACGCAAGAAGUCUUCCCCAAGUAGUGAAUGACUUAACUGAGCUGGCGUCAUCUUCUUUUCCACGAACAUCGCCGAACUACCACAAGGUGCAGAACUUGUUGAAGGAGUUCUCCCAAGGCAUGAAGGGCACCACAUGGGCUGACUAUUCUGGAGAUGCCAUGGUCGUAGCUGCAGCCAGUCAGGACCUUGCAGCAGGCUUCACGCCGAUCGAUGUGCAGGCGCGUUGGCGUGAGGCGCAACUAAUCUCCGAGAGUCUGAGCCUCGUUUUUCGAAAUUUGCUCGACGACCCACUCGUUGCAGUCUGCGAUAAGUCUGGAAUGGCAGUCCACAUCUUCGUUAUCCAUCUUGGUGUUUAUCUUGGGCUAGAACUGACAUGCAGACUAGAUGGCGGCUGCGAACUGCUACCGAAGAGCCACAAGGACAUCAGACUUGUGGUCGGCUUCUUCACGGAGAUGGUCAUUAGCCUCGGCCCGGAUGAGAUCACCUACAAGAAGGGCUAUGUAGUGCAGCCAGGUGGAGAUGACAUUCAUCUCGAGGAGGAGAUGGCCGCUUUCAUCG